CUCGAACUGCUGGCAUAUUAUAUCAUAUUCAUUAUAUUCCACCAAAUUCCGCUCGAACUGGUAUUCACUUGAAGUGGCAUCCGCUCGAAUAGUUGGCUUCUGCUCGAAUUGACCUCAUGGAUAACUGAUUACUUGUCAGAGUUUUGAUAUAGACACACAUUGUAAUGCUUCAGUCGAGAGUGACUCCAGUCGUAGUCCGAGGACUUACAACAUUGCACUACAGAGCCAACUUGUCAUUAGCUAGUUGUCAAAAAAGCAGAAGACGAUGGCUGCACCUUACUCCGCAACACCAGAAGAUCAAAGCAGUUGUCUUUGACAUGGGUGGCGUCCUUAUUUCCAAGCCAUUUAAAAUAUUUGAAGCAUUUGAAAAGGAGAAAGGUCUUCCAAAAGGGCUAAUUCGACAAGUCAUCAUCGAGAAGGGGGAAAAUGGAAGCUUUGCCCAGUUGGAAAGGGGAGAACUCAACACUGAAGAAUUUGGAAUGAUUUUCAGCUCAGAAUGUUCAGAAAAGCUAGGGAGGAGUGUCGAUAUGAAGGACUUCUUGAAAGUGUUUGAGAGAGAUGUCAAAGUGUUGCCAGAGAUGUUGGAUGCAGUGAAAUGCAUCCAAUCUGAAGGCCUAUCAACUGCCUUGCUCACCAACAACUGGAAGGACCAAUCGCACAAGAGUCUUCAACCCCUUGAUGUCUCACUUUUCAAUGUGAUAGUUGAAUCCUGCCUAGUUGGAAUGCGCAAACCAGAUCCACGAAUUUAUCAGUUGUGUCUGGAGAAAUUAAAAGUUGAGCCGGAGGAGAGUAUCUUUCUUGAUGAUAUUGGACGCAAUGUAAAUGCUGCAAGGAGUCUAGGGAUACACACUAUUAAGGUGGAUGAGCCUGGUGAUGCCUUAGCAGAGCUUGAGAGUCUUUUGAAUCUACCUCUAAAAGGAUUUGUACCAGGAACAACAUCUGUAAGGAAAGGCCUGGACAUUCCCAGGGAACCACUCGUUGAAUACCUUCAUAGCCUUGGAAUAAUAUCCACAGACAGUGACCUCAAUAUUAGACAGUUCAAACAUGGACAGUCUAACCCAACAUACUUUAUAAGCUAUGGAGGUCGGAACAUGGUGCUUAGGAAAAAACCACCUGGUAAACUGCUGCCAUCUGCUCAUGCGGUUGAGAGAGAAUACAGGGUGAUGCAUGCUGUGGGACAGGCUGGGGUGCCUGUACCUAACUUGAUCAGCCUAUGUGAAGACUCAAGCAUUAUCGGUACUCCGUUCUAUCUAAUGGACUUCAUGGAAGGUAGGAUCUUUAAGGAUCCAUCAUGCCCUGGUCUCUCACCAGAUGAGCGAUGUCAAGUAUACGAGGCCAUGCGCAAUGUCCUCUCUCAAAUACACUCAGUGGAUGUCACAGCAGCAGGCCUAGAUGAUUUUGGAAAGUAUGGCAAUUAUAUCGAGCGGCAGAUCAAGACAUGGUCCAAGCAGUACUUGGCAAGCCAAACCCAUGAAAUAGAAGCAAUGACGCAUCUAAUGGAGUGGUUACCAAAGAACACACCUACCAAUGAUCACACCACUGUGGUUCAUGGUGAUUUCAGGCUUGAUAAUCUAAUUUUCCACCCUCACAAGCCUGAGGUUGUAGCUGUGUUGGAUUGGGAGCUGUCCACACUUGGAAACCCCAUAUCAGACUUGGCUUACAAUUGUUUACCGUACUACCUCAAACCAGAAUUCCCACUUUUGAAAGGGUUUGCUGGGAAAGAUUUAUCCAACAGUGGCAUACCAAAUGCUGAUGAUUACAUGCGCCAGUACUUUCAAACAAGAAAUAUUCCACCUGUGAAUGAUAUGUCUGUGUAUAUGGCUUUUUCCUUCUUCAGAGUGGCAGCUAUCUUGCAAGGAGUCUACAAACGAUCAACUCAGGGUCAAGCAAGUUCAGACUCUGCAAAAAUGGUUGGUUUACUAGCUGAGCAAAUGGCAGGCAUAGGCUGGUCAUUUGCUGAAGGGCACAAUAGGCCGGCAUCAACCAGCACAGAUGGCAAACCAUCCAGUAGAAAAUAUUCAACUUUCUCCCAGCCUAGGCGAUCAUACAGUACUCACAGUGAAUCAACCCCAGGUCUUCUACCAAUCACAAUUUCUGCCUUACCAAUGAGAGUUCAGAACUUGCAUCAGCAAGUGAAAGACUUCAUCAACCUUUACAUCGUGCCAUCCGAGAAAGAACUAGUUUCUCACCAGAUGUCACAGGAACGAUGGACUCCACACCCCUUACUAGAGGAACUUAAGAUUAAGGCUAAAAAUGACGGCUUGUGGAACUUGUUCCUACCAAUAGAGACGGACCCUGACAUGCGGUAUGGUGCUGGCUUAACCAAUGUAGAAUAUGCAUUCCUAUGUGAGCUAAUGGGCAGAUCUGUUUUUGCAUCAGAGGUUUUCAACUGUUCAGCACCUGACACUGGUAACAUGGAGGUACUUGUGAAAUAUGGAACUAAGGAGCAAAAAGACACUUGGCUUACACCACUCCUUGAGGGCAGUAUUCGAUCGUGCUUUGCAAUGACAGAACCAAAGGUAGCUUCAUCAGAUGCAACAAAUAUAGAGGCUGACAUCAAAGCAGACGGCAGUGAUUACAUCCUGAACGGUCACAAGUGGUGGACAUCUGGAGCACUGGAUCCCAGAUGUAAAAUCUGCAUAUUCAUGGGCAAGACUGACAAAUCAGCCAGUAAACACCAACAGCAGUCAAUGAUUCUGGUACCGAUGGACACACCGGGAGUCAAAGUCAUUCGACCUCUGUCAGUAUUUGGUUUUGACGAUGCACCAGCAGGUCAUGGUGAGGUCAUCUUUGAUGAUGUCAGAGUUCCGGCUGAGAAUAUGCUCCUUGGACCCGGCAGAGGGUUUGAAAUUGCUCAGGGACGAUUAGGGCCAGGCCGGAUACAUCACUGUAUGAGGUUGAUUGGCAGUGCUGAGAGAGCACUAGAGUUAAUGGUUAAGAGAGUUCAUAAUAGGGUAGCCUUUGGUAAGCCAUUGGCGGAGCAAGGGACAAUACAGGCAGAUAUUGCCGAGUCAAGGAUGGACAUUGAACAAGCCAGGUUAUUGACCCUAAAGGCUGCCCAUAUGAUGGAUACUGUAGGAAACAAGACUGCUGCUGCGGAGAUUGCAAUGAUCAAAGUUAUAGCUCCCAACAUGGCCCAACGUGUCGUAGAUCGUGCAAUGCAAGCCUUUGGUGCAGCUGGCCUAAGCUCCGAUUUCCCUCUAGCCCAGCUGUACUCUUGGGCAAGGAUACUGAGGUUGGCGGAUGGACCAGACGAGGUGCACCGUAGAGCUAUAGCGAAAAUAGAAAACAUGAAAUCUUUCAAGUGAUGCUGUUUGUGACCAGUAUGGUCGUCAGUGCUUUUUAAUUUAAUUUGGGGCCUAGCAAAGCAUGAAAAUUAUUUUUAAUAAUAUAUUUUGAAAGAAAUUUUUAAAAAGCAUUAUGUGAUUGCGAUGGAAGUAGUGGUGUAACUGUGAAUUGGUUGAAACCAUUUUGGUGACUUAUCCCUAUGAUUUCACAAGUGGAUAAUUGCUGGUCAUUGCAUGAACAAAAUGGGAUAAAUUAAAUCUCUUGGUUUUAAAUCAUGAAAAGUAGUUACAGGUAUAUAUACACUAACUAAACAUUGAGCCGACAUUGUUGUUUAUAAUGGCAAUGGCAGCUUGUCGCUCAUCUCAUGAACAUGAUUUUAGUUACAGCACCUGUAGUUGCUAAAUCUGAUAUAAAAUGAUAUUGCAAUAAUAUUAACACAAUUCAAUGUAUUCAUCACCAGUCACUUGAUUCGAGCUGUAGUAGAAUAAUGUGGAUUUGUAAAUUAAACAAUAAGUGUUUAUUAUAUAUGGAGAGAAUAAAUAUAAAAAUUAUGUA